UCUACUGCAUGCUGAGCGUUUGCAAUGGCGGAUGUGUCUGAGAGGACGUUGCAGGUGUCUGUGCUAGUGGCUUUCGCCUCUGGAGUGGUCCUGGGCUGGCAAGCGAAUCGGUUGCGGAGGCGUUACCUGGACUGGAGGAAGCGGAGGCUGCAGGACAAGCUGGCGACGACUCAGAAAAAGCUGGACCUGGCCUGAGCACGUUGGGUUCUCUCCAAGCCUCGCGCAGCCCGGAUCCGGGGAGCUGCGCGACUACACGCCCUGAGUCCCGGCUCGUCCUUGCACGGCUUGCAGGAACGUGGCUUGCUUCCAGACCUCAGAAAGAAAAUAGUUUUGUCUUCGCUAACAGCCUGUGCUCAGCUUGUCGAAGAUGGAUAUAAAGCACGGGAAAGAAAACAUUUCUUGCACUUUAUGAAUCUAUUUUUAAAAUAAAAAAUUUUAAACAUCUUUGAAUCAUUUUUUUCCUCCUCACAAAGGAAAGCAGUGUUUUGCCUCCCAUUCAGUUUGCUGCUGUAAGAGACUUGAAGCAUGAAAGCAGAGACUUUCUGAUAGAAUCUCACAUCCUUGAAUACAGCCUGGAUCUGAUCAAGGGACCACGAUGAGUCAUUUUUCUGGACAUAUCAGAAAAGCUAGUGACUGUGUCAAAUGCCUGAAUUAAGCAGUACAAAUGCAAGAUAUUUGCACUGACACAUUGUCCUCAUUUUUAAAGAAGAAAAUCAGUUUGUUCUUCAGGAAAACACCAUGGCCCAUUUUCCUAGGAUUAUUAAGCCUUAUUUCUGACUUUGUUCUUAUUCUAUGAAUCCAGCAAGGACUGAAAUGCAGGCUUUUAGAGCACCAUCCUUUAGUUGACUGAAGCUCUAGUCAGCACCCCUCACUGAGACUAGCUGAAGAUCUUUGAGCCUAAACGGACCGUUUAGCGCAAUCCCUGGCACGGGGUGGUGGCGCCCGCUGAUAGCGUCAUCUUGCUGAGCCCUUGCUUUGGUUUCCCUGGCAACCGGCGCGGUCCCGCCGGCGGCGGCUAGGCCAAUGCUCGCCCGGCGGCCGCGGGACCCGCUGCAGGCGCUGAGGCGCCGCGGGCAGGAGCUGAAGCUGCAGGUUGAUAGUUUGGUUACUGAAAGCCAACUAACAGGUGCUCUGGAACCAAGUAAAAGGAGAGAUAUUUACCAAAGAUGUAUCCAGUUAAAACAGGCAGUAGAUGAAAAUAAAAACGCUCUUCAAAAAUUAAACAAAGCUGACGAAGCUGCACCUGUGGGGAACUAUGAGCAGAGGAAGGAGGAGGAGCACACUCUUCUGGAGAAGCUAGCCUGCCAGCUGCAGGAGCUUGCCGUGGGCAUCAGCAGGAAAGACACUCUCAAAGUUGAGGCACACAGUGACAAGGAAGAAGAUGACACCACUGAGGAUGAUGAAGAAGAAACUGAAGAAACUGGUGGAGAGGAAGAAGAGUCAGAAGGGGACGAGGAAGGAAAGCAGGAGCAAGCCUCCCCAGAACAUGCAGAAACUGUCACAUACAUUGCUCUUGGGGACUUCGCUGCUCAGCAGGCUGGCGACCUGACCUUUAAGAAAGGAGACAUUCUCCAUAUAAUUGAGAAAAGGCCUGAUGGUUGGUGGCUGGCUAAAGAUGCUGAAGGAGGUGAAGGUCUCAUUCCCAGGACCUACUUGGAGCCCUAUAAUAAAGAAGACAAGCUGGAAUCAAGCGAAGGCAGUGAGGAGGAUGGUGAGGAGGGUGACGAGGAGGGUGGCGGUGAGGACGGUGAGGACGGUGAGGACGGUGAGGAGGACGUGGAGGUGGUGGAUGAAACUGCAGAUGGAGCCCAAGUGAAACAGAGAACUGAUUCCCACUGGAGUGCGGUUAGAAAAGCUAUCUCAGAGCAGAUCAACACAGUUGAUGUGUUAGCCACAAUGGGAGCCAUUCCUGCAGGGUUCCGGCCUUCCACACUCUCCCAGCUGCUGGAUGAAGCAGGGGGCCGCUUUCGAGCAAGCUACUUCUUGCAGCCGGAGCUCACGACAUCGCAGCUGGCCUUCAGGGAUCUAACGUGGGAUGCCAAGGCAGGCACGAUCAUGUCAAGACCAAGUCGUGUUUCAUUGAUUCUGACCCUAUGGAGCUGUAAAAUGAUUCCUCUCCCAGGAACAAGCAUACAGGUCCUCAGCAGACACAUCCGCCUCUGCCUGUUUGACGGCAGCAAGGUCCUGAGUAAUAUUCAUACAGUCCGAGCCGUGUGGCAGCCUAAAAAGCCAAAAACAUGGACCUUUUCUCCUCAGGUCACUGGCAUCUUGCCGUGCUUGCUCGAUGGUGACUGUUUUAUCAGGUCCAAUUCUUCAACUCCAGACCUCGGGAUAUUAUUUGAACUUGGAAUUUCUUAUAUUCGCAAUUCGACUGGUGAGAGAGGAGAGUUAAGCUGUGGCUGGGUGUUUCUUAAGCUUUUCGAUGCCAGUGGAGUUCCUAUUCCAGCAAAAACAUACGAACUCUUCCUGAAUGGCGGCACUCCUUAUGAAAAAGGUGUUGAAGUAGACCCUUCAGUGUCCAGAAGAGCACAGGGCAGUGUUUUCCGUCAGAUGAUAAGCGUGCGGAGGCAGCCUCAACUUCUGGUGAAACUUCGGUCUCUGAACAGGAGGUCAAGGGCCAUGCUCAGUCUGCUGCCAGAAACCUUGGUGGGGAGUAUGUGCUCCGCUCACUUGCUGAUAUUUUACCGACAAAUUCUUGGAGAUGUGCUCCUGAGAGACAGGACAAGCCUGCAAAGUGCUGAUUUAAUUAGUCACCCCGUGCUGGCCACCUUCCCUCUGCUCCUGGAGCAGCCCGAUGUGAUGGAUGCUCUCAGGAGUUCCUGGGCUGAGAAAGAAAGCACACUAAAGCGAUCGGAGAAGAGAGACAAAGAGCUCCUAAAGGCCGAGUUCCUCCUGGUCUACCAUGACUGCGUGCUCCCUCUUCUGCAUUCCACAUUGCUGCCCCCCUUUAGGUGGGCCGAGGAAGAGACAGAGGCUGCUAGGUGGAAAGCCAUCGCUGACUUCCUCAAGCAAAGCCGAGAGAACGAGGGUUCCCUGAAGGCUCUUCUGUCACCAGAUGGAGUUCACAAACCAUUUGACCUUUCGGAGCAGACCUAUGACUUCUUGGGUGAAAUAAGAAAGAACUCAGGCUAAUGACGGCCAUGGCUCCCGAUUCCCACUGGACCCAGUGAGCUCCCCAGGAUGACUUGGCUCAAACAACAGAACCAAAAGAAACAGACUGGUUAGAACUUAGGUCAUAUUCUUUUGUGUGCAAAUAAUAUUUUCAAAGAACUAUCUAAUAAUUUGAUGCAUGUAAAACAAUAAAAUAAAUUUUAUAAGGAA